AUGGCUGCCACUAGAGCAUCACCGCUAACACGCUUUUCUAUGAAGAACAAGGCCACUGAAAGUGGACCUGAGUCGCCCACUACUGCUCGACCUUUUGAUCUCGACGACGACGAUGUGCAAGAAUCAGGCAUUCUAGGAAGCGACGAUGGUAACACCACAACCGCUGCUGCGACCAAUACCUCCCAGGCACCUGCUCAGGCACAAGCCCCAAAGAACGAGACAGCACCCCCUAAGCCCCCUCGGCCCAUGUCCGAAGCUCAAAAGAAUGAGGGAAUCCUUAAGGAGGCAUUCCCUGGCGUAGAGCUGAGCGUUAUCAAAGCUGUACUGAGAGCUAGUGGUGGUCGCGUGGAGCCCGCGUUCAAUGCCUUGUUAGAAAUGACGGACCCUGAUGCUGCUCAGAACGAACCCGCGGAUGAAGUCCCACCUCCUCAGCCCCCGAGGCCCCAAAACCGAUCCCAGAUGUCGCAACUGGAGGCCGAUGAGUUAUACGCCCGCCAGCUUGCCGAGCACUUUGACAACGUUGGUUCCUACGAGUCUCGGACCGCCAACCGCGGUGGCAAUGAUGAACGGCAAAGACAGGGCCAGCAUGGCCAGGAUCAAUGGGGCGACGACCGCGAGCACAGCUUUAUUGACGACGACCUCCCUGUUAUCCGUGAUAAUCUCCGCAAAGGAUUUUUCGAGACACAGGAAAAGGUCAACGGAUGGAUCACCAACCUGAAGAAGAAGAUCGAGGAGAACUUUGAUGAAAGUGAAGAGCAGACGCAACGACAAGGACAAGGGCAACCUUACCGUCGUCCCGGAGAAUCUAGCCGACCCAGUGGUGACUACGAUCGAUAUGAUGCGGAUCCCCAAGUGCUCAGUGAUGACUUUGCUGGCAUGAAGUUUUCUUCCGACGGAACUCCCAUGAACCGCCCAAUGGCCAACACAGGCAUGUUCAAGCCUCCGCCUCCAUCAACCUCACCAAAGCCCAAUAAUGGCCGACGAGUCGGCUUCAAGGAGGAGACGGAAGAAAUCAACAUGUACGACUCAUCACCACGGGUACCGCCCAAGGAUGCGGCUCCUGCAAGCGGUGCAAGAGGAAGCAAGUGGCAGCCCAUGUCAGCGGUUGAGCCAAGCCCCAUCGUAGAGAAUGAUCCUUUUAGCCUGGGAGAUAGCGAAGAUGAGAGAGAGACACAUCAGAAGCCCAAGGAGGACAAGUCUGAUGACAGCGAGCGCCUGAAGAAGGCGACUGCCGAGGCUAUGGCUGACAGCCUGAGUGAAUCACAAGCGGCAGACGCGAAGAAGAACUAG